AUGCCCGACUUUGGCGGCGGCGCGCUCGACACCCCGCGAACAAACAUUGGGGAUGCGACCUACCUCAGUCGACAGCCCGACUUUGCCGAUAUUUCACAAGAGGCGUCUUUCCAGUCACCAGCCAAGGAGGGCAACCUCCUCCAACAACUUCGCAAUGGCCGCUCCAACGGAAUCAACCUUCGCACCCCGCGUCAGAGAGGACCCUUGGCCGACCGCAGAAAUCUUCCUCCCAGCGUCGGAGGCGCCGAGUUUACACCUUUACUCAAGUCGGCCACGAGAAACAGUGUGCGACGAUUCGGAAAAGAGAAUGGCAACAACGUACCGAACACGCCUUCAUUAGACAGAAUCGAUGAGGGCGACCUCACUGCUGUCCCACGCGGGGACACGUCCAUGUACACAGGGUCGCGCAAUCAGUCCUACAUGGAAAACACAAUCCCCGAGAUCGACACCACCAGCGCUGCCUCGACCCCAUUGGCGAUUCCUCGGAGGAGAGGAGGCGAUAAGGGCCCUCUCCAAGACGGCAACCAGCUGUCGCUUCGGGAACAAGAGAAUGUUAUUGACAGGAUCGAGAAGGAGAACUUUGGUCUCAAGCUCAAGAUUCACUUCCUCGAGGAGGCGCUUCGGAAAGCAGGGCCUGGCUUUAGCGAAGCCGCCCUCAAGGAGAACACCGAGCUCAAGGUCGACAAGGUCACGAUGCAGAGAGAGCUCCACAAAUACAAAAAGCAUUUGACGACUGCCGAAAAGGACCUCGAGAGUUACCGCCAGCAGAUGCUGGAACUUCAGGACAAGGCCAAACGAAAAUACAGCGAUCAGAGCCAGCAAGCAGAGAUGGACAAGCUACGACAGCUAAUAGAUGAUCGUGAAGCAGACAUUGAAGAUCUUCAGCGUCAGCUUGACCAACAACAAGGGAACAACGACCAGGUCGAGAAGUUGCAGGACGACAUCGGGGACCUGGAAGCGGAUCUCCAGGAGAAGGAUCGAUUGCUUACCGAACGAGAGGACGAAGUGGAGGAUCUCAAGGAAAAGAUGGAGAGCCUCAAGGACCAGGUGGAUGAAGCGGAGCAAAAGGCCAAGGAUGCCCAGCGCAAGAUGCUGACUCUGGAGGAAAAGUCCCAGCACAACGACCAGGUCGAAAAGUUGCAGGACGACAUCGGUGAUUUGGAAGCGGAUCUCCAGGAGAAGGACCGACUACUUACCGAACGAGAAGAUGAAGUGGAGGAUCUUAAGGAAAAGAUGGAGAGUCUCAGGGAUCAGGUGGCCGAAGCAGAGAAGAAGGUCAAGGAUACUCAGCGCAAGAUGCUGGCGCUGGAGAGCAAGGCUGAUCAUAGCGAUGAGUUGAAGGACGCUCAACGCAAACUGAUGGCCCUAGAGGAAAAGGCUCAUGACAACGAUCAGCUAAAGGAUGAGCUCAAGGACGCCAAGGAGACGAUUCAAGGUCUCAAACAGAGCAUGAAAGAAAACCUGGACCGGUCGAAUCGGGAGUCCCAACAUCUUCAGAGGCAACUUGAGGAUGUCCAAGAACAGAAGACAACGCUCGAAACAAAGCUGAAGGACUUGAGGAAGCAGGCUGAGGAGAUGGUGGAGCAACACGAGAUGGAUCUCGACGAACUACGACACCAGCUUGCAGAUGCCGAGAAGCAAAAGUCUAUGCUCAAGAAGGUCCUCGAGGAGGCUACCGGCCCAGAGUCCCAGCGUCUUCAGAGACAACUUGAGGAUCUUCAAGAGCAGAAGUCGACGCUCGAAGCAACGCUGAGGGAGUCCAGGAAGCAAGCCAAGGAUGUGACAGCGCAACGCGACUUGGAGAUCGAUGAACUCAGACAUCAGCUCGCAGAUACCGAGGACCAAAAGUUGGAGCUCGAGGCAGCGCUGAAGGAAUCGAGGAAGCAGAUCAAGGAGAUGGCGGCACAACAUGACCUGGAUCUCGAUGAACUGGAACAUGAGCUUGCGGAUUACAAGGACCAGAAGUUAGAGCUCGAAGCAGCGUUGUCGGACUCCAGGAAGCGGGUCGAUGAGUUGAUAACGCAACACGAACUGGAUCUUGAAGAACUGAAGCAUCAGCUUGCCGGUACCGAGGACCAGAUGCUUGAAGCAGCGAUGAAGGACUCAAGGAAGCAAACCAAGGAGAUGCUGGCGCGACACGAACUGGAACUCGAGAAGCUCAAACAUCAGCUCACGGACGCCGAGGACCAGAAGUCGAUGCUGGAAAAGUUCCUCGAGGAUACCAGGCAGCAGGCCCGAGAGGCUCGAGACACUGCGGCACAAGACAAGCGAGCCCUCCUUGAAUUAAAGCAUCAACUUGCAGAUAUCGAAGACGAGAAGUUAGAGCUUGAAAGGCUUCUCAAGGAUGCUGGCAAGCAGCAGACUCAAGAGAUGUCAACGCAGCACAAGCGAACUCUCGACCAACUAAAGCGUCAGCUCGCCGAUGCUGAGGAGCAGAAGUCGGAGCUUGAGAAGCUCCUCAGAGACGCUGGGCAACAACGGUCUCACGAUAUGACAACGCAACACAAGCGGACUCUCGAUGAGUUGAGGCGACAGCUUGCAGAUAGCGAGGAGCAGAAGCUCGAGCUCGAGAGGCUUCUCAAGGACGCCGGGAAGCAGCAAGCUCAGGAGAUAGCGACACAGCACCGACGAACUCUGGAUGAACUGAAACGCCAGCUUAUGGAUACCGAGGACCAAAGGUUAGAGCUCGAAAAGCUUCUCGAGGAUGCUGGAAAGCAGCAGGCUCAAGAGAUGGCGACGCAACACAAGCGGGCUCUUGACCUACUAAAACGCCAGCUCGCCGAUGCCGAGGAGCAGAAGCUGGAGCUUGAAAAGCUUCUCAAGGAUGCCGGACAACAACAGGCUCAAGACAUCGCGACCCAGCAUAAGCGAGCUCUCCUUGAACUAAAGCACCAGCUUGCAGACAGCGAGGAGCAGAAGUCGGAGCUUGAGAAGUUCCUCGAGGAUGCCGAGCGUCAGGCCCAAGAGGCAGCAACACAACACCGCCGGGCUCUCAACGAGCUAAAACAUCAACUUGCAGACACAGUGGCGCAACACGAAAUAGAUCUCGACGAGGCCGGACACCAGGCUCGAGAGAUAGCGACGCAACGCGAGCGGGCUCUCAACCAACUGAAACGCCAGCUUGCCGAUACGGUGGCGCAACACGAACGGGAUCUCGAGGAGCUGAAGCAUCAGCUUGCGGAUGCUGAGGACCAGAAGAUGGUGCUUGAAGAGUUCCUCGAAGAUGCCGAGCAGCAAGCUCAAGAGGUGGCAACACAACACGAGAGAGCUCUCCUUGAACUAAAGCAUCAGAUCAGCAAGGUAGAGCGAGAACGCAAUACCGCGGCGGCACAACAGACGGACACCUUGUUGAACAAGCAAGAUCGACAGGUACGGAAGAUCAAGGCGGAAAUGGAGAACCUGGAGCACGACGUCCUCCAGCAACAGGAGCUCAUCGACAACCUCAGCGCUUCAGAGGCCUCACUCCGCCGCAAGCUUGAGCGAGCGCGCAGCGAACGAGCCGCCUUCCGCAUGAGCGCCGAGAAGCUGCAGAAGGACCUCGAGCGCAUCAAGGCCACAGCCGUCGCCGCCAAAGCCGAGGCUUCGGAGCGACGACGCUCGGCGGACCUCAAGACCCAGGAGACCAUCGACGGGGCGGACCAGGCUCUGGAGACAGUUAUCCGGGCGGCCGAGAGUGCAGAGGAGCGUCACAAGAAGGAGCUGCGAGGCGUCGUGAUGCAGAUGGAGUGGAUGCAGGCCCGUUUCAAGCGAGAGGCUUCCCUACGAGCUGAUGCUGCGUACGCGAAGAAGUUCCUCCAACUACAGCUUGACAUUGCCAACGCUUGCAACAAAGCUCAGCUUCGAGAACUCGAGGAUAUCCGGGUCAACCUUCUCGGCAACAAGAAGGCUCUCUCCCUGCCCAGCCACGCCACUUCUUCUACAUCAACCACCAAACCCACUCUCCGAACAUUCCUCGUCAUGGCACGCUUCAUCGCCCGUGCCCGGUUGGCAGCGAAGGAUUGGGCAAAGCAGGAGACUGUCCGAAAGAAGCUCGUGGCCGCCAAGGAGGAGCAGCGCAAGGUAAAGCGGUCCCGUCAGCUCAAGGUUGUCAGGGCCGAGGCAUAA